CCUACGACCAGCCAUUUUUAGAAGGUGAACACAGACGUAAGACCUUGAGGAUGAGUAAUUCCAAAUCUCUAGAAGAAACUACAGAAGAAUGCAGAAAACUACAACUAAACGCUGCAGAAAAACUGCGACAAAUUGCAAACUUGUUGAGGGAGAAACAGAAGGAAAUGAAUAUUGCCAAAGUAUCUUUUAACAGCGCUGGAGUCGUUGCAGGUGGACUUUCCAUUGCUGGGUUAGUACUGGCGCCGUUCACAGGUGGCAUUUCGAUUGGCCUGCUUGCGGUUGGAGGAGGACUUGGAGUAGCAGCCGGAGCAGGAGGGAUCGGAACCAACGUGGCCGAGUGGAAGGUGGUUGGCAGUAAGGUUGAAGAAGCGGAGGCCGUUCUUGCUGAUCUAACGGAAAAUUUAGAUACUAUGAUUGAGAAGAUGAAGGUUGAACUCAAGAAGCAAGGACUCACUGACAACGACAUUGCUAGCAUGUUCGUUUUGGAAGGUGGAAAAUGGGUUUACAAUGUCGCUCGCCUAGGGAAGAUCAUUCGCAAAGCAGUUGCUAUUGCACGGGCAGGUAGCAAGGCUGGAACACUGGCAAUUUCUGCUGGUGGCAAAGCCGGUGCAAAAGCAGGUGCCAAAGCUGCAGCCGGGACUUUCGGUAAGGUCUCAAAAGUAGCUGGUGCCGUUGGAGCGGUAGUAGGCAUUGGCUUCAGUGUUGCAGAAAUUGUUAACGACAGCAUUAACAUACACAAAAAUGUGAGCAAGGCUGCAGAUGCUAUGGAGGAGAUUGCUGCUUCUCUGGAGGACAUCUAAAUGUCAAACGAAGGGGUCAUACUGUUACGCACCAAUUAAUACGGCUUUCUUAUUGAUACAAUUCACUUUCAAUGUACUGCGAUCAGCUGCUUCAAGAACUAACUUCUAGGGAUCGCUGAUGGACUAUAUAUAUAUAUACACAUAUAUGUUGAAAUAUCUGACCUUCUUUGCACUUUUGCUAUGUUGUCGGACCGCCUCCGUGGUCUAGUGAUAGAACGUCCGCCCUGAGAGCGGAAGGUCCGGGGUUCUAUCCCCGGCCGCGUCAUACCAAAAGACGUUAAAAGAAGGUAUUUGUUGUUACCCUGUCUGGCGC